AUGGCGAUCCUUUAUCAUCCUACAAUGAAAACAAUCCUGAAGUCUCACACAUCCAUCGUGUACAUAAUAAUAACAACUAGGGAUACCAAAUAUAAAUGUGAUAAAGGAGUAUUUGAUGUUGAAGUCCAUGCGGCAAUAGACCAAUUCCUCAAUCGUCUCUGGCAUAAAUAUUUAAGCUUUCAUGCUGUCGUUGAAUUCCCUUAUGUAUGCCCUGAUUAUUACGUGCUCUACCAUGACAAGAGACCAUCCAAAUUUGAUUUGUAUGACAGGACAAUAACUACGGUUGCUGCAUCCUCAGCAGACGUUCACUAUCUAAUAUUCAAAGAAAUGUUUAACCUAACAAAAGGGUUCCCUCUCCGGGUAAACAUAUUCGAUAGAUUCCCUACUUCUAUAACCGAUUGUCGGAAUAUUCACUACUAUCUGAAGAUGGAUGUAAAUUAUACGAAUGGAAUGUGUGGGAUGGACGCAUUUUUAAUGCACGACAUUCUGCGUUACUACCAGUUUAAGACCACUUUUCCUGAAAUCAAAGACAUCGACGGCUAUGGUUAUAUGUACAACAAUACUGUCACGGGCAGCUUGGGGUAUUUGCUGCGUGGUGAAUUCGACAUAUCCUUCAAUUCAAGGUUCAUGAUUCAAUACCUGAGUGAGGACAAGCUGCGCUUUCUCCAUUAUGUUUCGUUCGAUUCAGUUUGCGCUGUGCUAAAAACUCCUGAUUACCUGCCUGUGUGGAGUUAUACUUUUCAUUUUUUUAGACCUGAUACAUGGGCGGCCAUGAUAGCAGCGUUGACUUUACUAAGUGUAAUUAAUAAGAUUUGUGAAAAAGUACGAAAAUGUGUGUUGAGGAAAAGAACUGAUUCAUCAAAUAUCAUUGAUUUGGUAUCAAUUGGCUUAUUUGGGUGGUAUUUCAACAAACGAUUGAAGAUUUCAGUGUUAGGUGCAUUAUGCCUUCUCACAUCGGUCAUCAUCUGUUCAUUAUUUCAGGGGCACGUGAACUACACAUACACGACGUUAGUGAGGUACAGCAAGAUAAAGACCUUGGACGAACUGCAUAGGUCUCAGAUUACGGUGUACACAUCGCCAUCCUUCUACAAUAUGCUGGACGAAAGCGUCCAGUCUCAAAUAAGUCUCAAUUCGGACAAACGCGAUGUGCUAACGAACAUUAACAUGGCGUCCCUGCAACGCAAAUUAGACGUGCUGCUGGAGAUUCGCCAGAACUUCACCGAAGAGUCUGGCAACCCCAUGAUGUACUUGGUGCACGAGUGCUACAGCAGUAAUUUCCUGUCCUAUGUCACAAGAAAAGGUUUCCCGUUCACCAUGGAGAUGAAGGUCUACAUAAUGAUGCUGCUGGAAUCAGGCCUACCUGACGCAUACUACCGUUUCACCCAGAACGCCUUAGGCUUGGCGAAGAAAACCAGCAUUAUUAACUCUGAGCCUAGGCCUUUUGCCCCUACCAAUAUUCUGGAGCUAAGAACUGCAUUUAUAUUUCUAUGCGCUAGUUACUUUAUUUCCACUCUUACACUGAUCAUAGAAAUAUGGUGGGCCAAGAGGAAAGAGAAGAUGUUGAAGAAUUUUGUACUGUGAAAUCUGAAUUGCAUAUUAGAAGCAAAAAGCUUCCUUAA